GGGGGGAGGGUCUGAGCUCCGCCACGGGCGCCCGCAGGGACCCUGGCGGCGGCGGGUGACACUCGGGGCGGCAUGGCCGAAGCUGGCGGGGCCGGCUCCCCUACACUGCCGCCGGCUCCCCAGCACGGCUCUCCCCGGACCCUGGCCUCCGUCGCCGGGAGCUCUGCUUCCUGCGGGCCAGCGACCGCGGUGGCCGCGGCAGGCACAGCCGAGGGACCGGGAGGCGGCGGCUCGGCUCGGAUCGCCGUGAAGAAGGCGCAACUGCGCUCGGCUCCGCGGGCGAAGAAACUGGAGAAACUCGGCGUGUACUCCGCUUGCAAGGCAGAAGAGUCCUGUAAAUGCAAUGGCUGGAAGAACCCCAACCCCUCUCCCACUCCACCAAGAGCAGACCUCCAGCAAAUAAUCGUUAGUCUGACUGAAUCCUGCCGGAGCUGUAGCCAUGCCCUUGCUGCUCAUGUUUCCCAUUUGGAGAAUGCAUCAGAGGAGGAAAUGAACAGACUCCUGGGAAUUGUGUUGGAUGUGGAGUACCUCUUUACCUGUGUCCACAAAGAAGAAGAUGCAGAUACCAAACAAGUUUAUUUCUACCUAUUCAAGCUCUUGAGAAAGUCUAUUUUGCAAAGAGGAAAACCUGUGGUUGAAGGCUCCUUGGAGAAGAAGCCCCCAUUUGAAAAACCCAGUAUUGAACAGGGUGUAAAUAACUUUGUACAGUACAAGUUUAGUCACUUGCCAUCAAAAGAGAGGCAGACAACAGUUGAGCUGGCCAAGAUGUUUCUGAACCGAAUCAACUACUGGCACCUGGAAGCUCCGUCACAGCGGAGACUACGAUCUCCCAAUGAUGACAUCUCUGGAUACAAGGAGAACUACACAAGGUGGUUGUGCUACUGUAAUGUACCACAGUUCUGUGACAGCCUACCUCGGUACGAAACCACAAAGGUGUUUGGGAGAACAUUGCUUCGCUCAGUCUUUACCAUCAUGAGACGACAACUCCUGGAGCAGGCCAGACAGGAAAAAGACAAGCUGCCUCUUGAGAAACGCACAUUAAUCCUCACACAUUUCCCAAAGUUUCUGUCCAUGUUGGAAGAAGAAGUGUAUAGUCAAAACUCUCCUAUCUGGGAUCAGGAUUUUCUGUCAGCCUCCUCCAGAACCAGCCCACUAGGAAUCCAAACAGUGAUCAGUCCUCCUGUUACUGGGACAGCAUCUUUCUGUACAAAUGCCUCUUCCCAUGAGCAGAUCAAUGGAGAUAGAACAAGUCCUGGUUGCAGAGGUCCUUCUGGGCUUGAAGCAAACCCAGGAGAAAAGAGAAAAAUGAACAACUCUCAUGCUCCGGAGGAAGCCAAGAGAUCCCGAGUGUCGGGGGAUAUUCCUGUGGAAUUGAUCAAUGAGGUCAUGUCUACCAUCACAGACCCUGCAGUGAUGCUUGGACCAGAGACCAAUUUUCUGUCAGCACAUUCAGCCAGAGAUGAGGCGGCAAGACUGGAAGAGCGCAGGGGUGUCAUUGAAUUCCAUGUGGUGGGCAAUUCCUUGAGCCAGAAACCGAGCAAGAAGAUGCUGAUGUGGCUGGUGGGUCUGCAGAAUGUGUUUUCUCACCAGCUGCCUCGAAUGCCCAAAGAAUACAUCACACGACUCGUGUUCGACCCGAAACACAAAACCCUUGCUUUAAUUAAAGAUGGCCGUGUCAUUGGUGGUAUCUGUUUCCGGAUGUUUCCAUCCCAGGGAUUCACGGAAAUUGUUUUCUGUGCAGUAACAUCAAAUGAACAAGUCAAGGGCUAUGGAACACACCUGAUGAACCAUCUCAAAGAAUACCACAUAAAGCAUGAUGUUCUGAACUUCCUCACAUAUGCGGAUGAGUAUGCCAUCGGCUACUUCAAGAAGCAGGGUUUCUCCAAAGAAAUCAAAAUACCUAAAACCAAAUAUGUCGGAUACAUCAAGGAUUAUGAAGGUGCCACUUUGAUGGGAUGUGAGUUGAAUCCUCAGAUCCCAUACACAGAGUUCUCUGUCAUCAUUAAAAAGCAGAAGGAGAUCAUUAAAAAGCUGAUAGAAAGAAAACAAGCCCAGAUUCGAAAAGUCUACCCUGGACUUUCGUGUUUCAAAGCUGGAGUUCGGCAGAUCCCUAUAGAAAGCAUUCCUGGAAUCAGAGAGACAGGCUGGAAACCAAGUGGAAAAGAGAAAAGUAAAGAGCCCAGAGACCCAGAGCAGCUUUACAGCACCCUCAAGACCAUCCUGCAGCAGGUGAAGAGCCAUCAAAGCGCUUGGCCUUUCAUGGAACCUGUGAAGAGAACAGAAGCUCCAGGAUAUUAUGAAGUUAUAAGGUUCCCUAUGGAUCUGAAGACCAUGAGCGAACGCCUCAGGAACAGGUACUAUGUUUCUAAGAAAUUAUUCAUGGCGGACUUGCAGCGAGUGUUCACCAACUGCAAGGAGUACAACCCUCCUGAGAGCGAGUACUACAAAUGUGCCAGCAUCCUGGAGAAGUUCUUCUUCAGUAAAAUUAAAGAAGCCGGGUUGAUUGAUAAGUGAUUUCCUUUACUUAGACACUCAACAGCAGUGUGCCUAAAGCAGGUGGUUUAGGUUUUGGGCUUUUUUUUUUUUUUGGUUUGUUUUUGUUUUUCGUUAUUGUUAUUUGUUUUUAAGAAUUGUAUAUCAUGUGUUGAAGAGACUUGUAAUAAUUAGCACUUUUGAAAAACAAACAAAACCUCCUUUAGUUUUUCAGAGACUUAUUUAAAUGGAAGUCAUAGAAAAAAUUAUUUUGUGAGAUAGAUUUUACUAUUUCCUACUAUCAUGUAAAUUUUCUCUGGCAUAUCCAGUAGCUAACAGAUGAUCAGGGGCUUCCUCAAAACCUGUAUGCGAGGAAAUUGCACACAGUGUCAAUAUUUAAGGGAUCUAGAGAAAAUUCUGACCACGAAUGUCUCCAUUUUUUUCUAAUGGAACAUGAGAGUUUAUUUUAUUCUGAAGGACUUUAAGGGUCCACAAUAUGCCUGUCAAGGUGAACUAUGUGAUAUUUGAAGUCUCAUUGUAGACCUUUUACAAAUAUAUAUUUUUAAAACACUCAUCUGGAAGAGGUGCUCAGAGCAGUUCUGAAAAUGCAGCUUCCCCAACAGCAGCUGCCUGGACUCUUUGAAAGUGCCCAGGGCUUUGUUGUCCUGUCUGCCUAUCACAGGCUGCAGAGUGUAAGUGUCCAGGGCUUUGUUGUCCUGUCUGCCUAUCACAGGCUUGAGUGCACAACCACUAUGGAAUAAUUUUCGACAGAUAUGUAUCAAUAGCAUAUUUGCCUUUGCUUGUGCAGGCUUUAAGUUCUAAAAGAUCCUUUACCAGGUCACAAAGGUGUCAACUUGAAAACAUUGGAGGUUUUGUCAAUGUUAAGACAUAUAGCCUAAAUAUUUAUGAAUGCUGGGAGUCUUACUACAAAUGAGUAAGGAUUCUUUGUAUUUUUCUGGUACAAUUAACCUUAUUAGCAAUGUCUAUGUGAACAUUUCCCAUUUGCACUUCCAGAUUUAUGUUUGUCUGACGUGAACUGAAUUCUCACCAAAGUUUAUGCCAGUAUUUUAACCCCUGAGUCGUUUCAAUGGUCCCUGAUAAAAUCCCACUAACAUCCACCCACUAUAAAACAAACCCUAUAUCUGGAGCUGGAGAGAAGGCCAAGGGUUAAGAGCACCUCCCAUUUUCCCAGAGGACAUCAGGUUGAUUCCCAGCAGCAACAUCCAAAAUGGUAUAAUCUUAUUAACCAGUUUGACUGGGGACUCAAGCUUAGUGCUUGGAUUUAUUUCCUGAUUACACUACAUAGAAAAGUGGGACUCC